GUCAUCGACACCUCUGAUCCAGAUUGGUGGCAAGGUAAACUACUGGGCCGCGUGGGUUACUUUCCAUCCAAAUAUUGUGUACGACUGAACGCCAAUGAGAAACCGUUACAAGUUACACAUAAUUUGCAAGUGUCAGAUGGUGAGCGAGGAGAAAACAUGACGCUCCUCAGAGAUCAAAUCGUUAUACAGACUGGCGAUGAGGUCAACGGUAUGGUGAUGGUACGCUCUGCAGACAAUCGUCAGGGAUACUGUCCCGUCAAGUACCUGCAAGAGGUGUGACAGCCAAAAGAGCCGCCAGCUGAACGUGACAAGCCGCAGAAGUCUUCGCUGUCAUCAAAACUUUUAGAUAAAACGAAACGUAGAAUAAGAAUUGUUGUAUCCGAGAAUGGUGGCAGUGGCUACAAUAAUUUGAGCCGUGAACCGAGCGCUCCUCCUGCCGAACAUGAAAUGAAGAAUAUAAAUAUCGAUUAUCAUGGCGAUUAUGGGGAGCCGAGUAGUAGUGAAUACUAUGGUGGUUUUGAUGCUGCCACCAGUGGUAGAAGUAAGAAUGACAAGAAUUGGGAGAACUGGGAGCGCAUAAGAGAACAAAAAUUAGAGAAAAUGAAAAAUAUUUGCUUUGAAAGUUACCGUCAAUCGAAACGAGAUCGAAUGCAACAGGCUAAACCGAAACCGAAACAACUCGACCCAUCGUGGUACACAGACAAUAUUUAUUCAAAUCGUUCCGAGGAUCUUGAGGAGGACUAUGACUAUGUGCCAGAGUGCCUAAAGUAUGGAACGUAUCGCAAGCUGCGCAACAUACGCGAGCAAGAUGAAUUCUUUGUGGAGGACGACUUGGAUGAUGGGCUGGUGCCAGAAUUGGGCGGUAAAGGUAAACGUGGCGAAGGUGAAGGUUCACCUGGCUAUGGUUUGCAUCGCUCAAUCAGCUGCAAAGAGUUUCAGUAUCCAAAGUCGCAGAGCUGUUAUAUGAUGAGUGGCGGCGGCAGCUAUGAAGGCGGCGGCACCACCUCAAUCUUGAAGAAAACCAAUGUGCCCAAAUCGUAUUCGUUCAGUGCGACAACGUCCAAGACGACACCCUUCGAUAUCAUGGACUACGAACUGCCACAUGCGGGUGCAACGCGCCGUGACAAACAGGAGGCCUUCCGCAAGUCCGCGGGCUACUACUGCAGCAGCAGCCUUGACGAGAGCACGCUGGCGUACGUGGCUCACGAAGCACCGACGUCACCGCCGCCGCCGCCAGCACCGCAGCCGUGUUGUGCGCGCGAGCAUUGCACCAGCGCCAAGUGUUUGCUAGAUGAAAUCUACCCGUGCUACCCGGCGGCGGCCGGACGCCGCACAUGGCGCAGCCGUGGCACGCCCGUGGGCAUGUAUGGCGCUGGAGCCAGCGGUGGUAGCAACAGGAACCUACACACCGCCUCCACCUCCGCCGAUUGGAUCGAGGAAAGAGAACGCGGUAGCCAUCGUGUGGCAGCGGCAUCGCGCUACUCCGUGCACUCGGGACGUGGUCGCGAUCACGAGCGUGAACGCCACAGCGAUCGCGAGUGCGAGCAGCCACCGCCGCCGCCACCAACGGUCGUUUGUUGCUGUGCCGCCGAUGACUAUUGCUACCACCGCCAGCAACAGCGCCAUAUUGCCAGGUCGCGUUCGCGCCUACACUGUCCCGGCCACCAUCCGGCAGCCGAGGAGGAAGAACAUUCACACUGCCGCGCCGUGGCCUACGACACCGAUCUCGAUCAUUUUAUACGCGACGAACGCGAGCGUCUACAGAUGCAGGACAAAUUUCUCGAUGAAGAUGAACGCUAUCUGUCCAAUGCCGGACCAAGCUCACACUACGCCGCGCAAUAUCGACGUCCAGCACGUAGUAAGUCAUUGCUGGAGGUGCAACCGCCAAGCCGCUACGACGACGAUACAUGCUCAGACUCCACCGAAAUGGAUUUGGAGGACUUCAAUGUCGACUUGGAAAAAUACUGGGCCGAAUUGGAUAAACCACCAAGUCCUGUAGAUUUAGAUAUGCAGCGACGCAAUAUGCAAAGCAAUCUUAAGGCAAAGAAUGUAAAUGUCGGCUGUUACAACAAUGGCCAACCCAUCGAUAUGCACGAUCGCGAGCAGGAACGUAUGAUGAUCAAGAAGUCGCUACUUGAGGGCAUGCCCUCUCCACCACAGGUGGAGUCGUCGGCGCCAGACGGCUCCGCAAUGCACCAUGGCGCCCAUAACUCCAGUGACUUUCAUUUUUUUGAGCAAGCGGGCUCCCCCCUUCACCGCGGCUACAACUAUGGCCACAAAGUUUACCCGGUCGCGGAUAGCCUACCCUCAUAUAAAUACAAUAACUUCUACACCGAACACGAGGUACAGACCAAACAACCCACCACCGGUGGACAUCACCCCUCCGCCAGUGGUCACUCUGCACUCAGUCUGAUCAACAAUAUAUUCUCCAUCUACAAGCCAAAUAAGUAUUCAGCCCAAAACUGCCAAAUGAAUGUUGAAGCCAAACCCGAGCCGUGCAAAAAAAUGAAUGUACCCACAACACGUCGACACCUUGGUUCAGCACCACAUCCCGAGUAUAUGCACUCAAUGAAACGACCAAUGCUAGUCAGCACCGAUCAGCCGCAAUUCAAGAUUAUACCAGAGAAGACGGGUCUGAAAAUUACACCGCUAUAUACUUAUGAAGACUAUGUCAUCGAUAAGCCACAAUCACGACAUAAACUGGAUGGCAUGGUGCGACCGGUGGUGCCCCCGCACUGAUGGUGCUGGACCUUUCCAUGGUAUGGCGGUUGUUAGAAAGCUUGAAGGAGCUGAUGGAAGGGACAUAAAACUGGAAAAUUAUAUUCUGAGUGACGCCAGGCUAUAAAAAAAGUUGGCAAAGAUUGUGCAGCAGUAAAAAGUUUUAGGGUGAAAGGUCACGGUAGCGGCGAUGGUGCCUUAUUCGUAAAGAUAUAGCGACAAGAAACUGCGCUUAAAUGUGGUGCUGUUUAACGCACAAAACGGGUUUUAACCGCAACAUCGACCAAGCCAACCAAAACGACGGUGAAGAAAUGUUAGGCAUAUUGAGCUAAAAAUUAGUAAUAAUCAACCUAUACCUUGGUUCAAGCUACUGUGUCGCCACCACCAGCAACACCAUAGCCAAGCCAUGAACCCCGUCAAUGUCAUCGUCCUCUUCGAUACAUCACCAAUUUUUGCGCCACUUUUAUUUUCCAAUAUCUUUAAUAUUUCGAUUUCGGUUUAGUCAACUUCAUACAGCUCCAAAAUAAGUGAUACAUUGAUAGAUAGUAUUGAAUCUCCGACGGGUACUAAAAAUCUGUACGAGCCUUGCGUUGUGGGAAAGUAAGUUUAUCUAAAGGCAGCAACACCAUACCACUGGAAAAUAAAUAUUAGCACGUUGUGAUAUGUAUGUAUAAUAAAUCUAUUUAUUGUAUAUAUCUUUGGGAUGCCAUUCAUGAUACAAUGAAGGGAAAAGAAAAAGAAGACAGGAAGUACCAAGCAGCUUAGAUGUGUACGCGCGAGUAUUUUUGGACGCAGGAGCUGCCCCAUAAAAUUCGCAUCGCAUUUUGAUCUCCGGACAUUAACGUUAAUUAUUCGAAAGCUUCCAAAAAAAAAA